UAUUUACCUUCAAAGCAGUCUGAAGGAAUGGAGUUCGUCACUGGGUACCGAGCUGAGGUUCUGGACCUGGCUGAGCUGCUGCUGGGCUGGCACCGGCGCCAGGCAGGGGGGCCCCGGGAUGGGCAGCGCCAACGCCGGCAGGAGGGGCACGUCCGGCGCCUGCCCCCUGACCCUGCCCUUUGGCUCCUGCACCUGCUGCCCAACCCUCGGCUGGCCCUGGGACUGGCCCUGCCAGGGGGACGCCAAAGGGGGUCAGUGGAGCCCCGGGGGCGGCUCUGCGGGGAGGAUCCCCUGCAACUGCAUGACCUGCAGCGGGCAGUCACCUUUCUUCGCCUCGAUGAGGAAGAUGAGGGGCCGGAGACAGGCCAGGCCCUGCUGCACAUGGAGCACCUCCUGCUGGUGACGGAUGAGCAUGGCACAGUGAUGGGCCUGGAUUUCCAGCUGGGGGCCCCGCCACCGGCCACAGCACCCACCCCACUGGAGCAGCUGGCCCUCAGCCUGCUGUGCCACAGCAUGGCCUGCCCGCUGGGUGCCGGGGAGCCCCGCCGGCCUCGGCUGCUGGCUGUGGGGGACCCCGCCUUGCACAAAUCACUGGAGCCACUGCUGCCCCGGCUUGGGGUGCGACUCAGCCCGGGGCCUAUGCGGGGCUGGGGGCCAAAACCAACCUUCACCUUCCCUUCCAUGCGGGUGCGGGCCUGCCACGUCUGCAAGCGGCACAGCUUCCAGGGGCGACUGGUGCCAUGCCAGCAGUGCCGAGCCGUGCUGUACUGCUCUGAGCGGUGCCGCACAGCUGACUGGGCCCGCAGCCCCGAGGACGCAUCUCACUGCUCCUGGUGCCAGCGCAUGGCUGGAUACAUGUCCCACGCCCGCCAGCUGGCCGAUCUGCCCUUCACCUUCACCGCAGAGGUGACGAGCGAUGGGUUCAACAAGGAGGGCUUCCUGGCCUCACGGGGACUGACCCGGGGAUACUGGGCCCACGAGAGCAUGCUGGUCCGGGCCCCUGACUACGGCGUGGGGCUGGGGGGGAGAAAGGACUGGAGACCCAUUCCUGUUCAGAGCGGUAACCCCUUCGAAGCGCUGAGGCCAGAGGGGGGAGCUGCUCUGUCCCCCACCACGCCAGAGCCCCCUGCACCCAGGACCUAUUUCAUCCCAGAGCUGAACAUCCUGAACAAACAGUCGCUGAAGAUUCACAUCGUGGAGACGGGCAAGGAGUUCCACAUGGCCCCACUCUUCUGGGAGCUGUCGGUGCUGCUGCCCCAUGUGGCACUGGAGCUGCUGUUCAUAGGGGGCGUGCUGCCCCCCGAGGCCGACGGCCAGCAGGUGCUGCUACAGAGAACGGAGACGCAGGAGGUGCGCGUCUGGCCCGGCCCAGCCCCCAAGGCCAAGGGGGGACGUGGGGGCCUGCAACUGAAAUUCUGUGUCCAACCCAGCCCUCUGCUACAGAGCCCGAAGCCUGACCUGGUCAUCGGGUUCAACUCUGGCUUUGCCCUGAAGGACACCUGGCUCAGCGUCCUUCCCCGCCUGCAGGCCCUCCGGGUCCCAGCCUACUUCACAGAGUGCAGCGAGUACAGCUGCGCAGUGGACGAGGCCACAGUCUCGAUGGCGACGGGAGGCAGUGCCAGCCCAGCCCACAUCAACCCGUUCCGCUCACCCUUCCGCCAGGCCGGCAUCGACAAUGCCAUGCCCUGGUACUCCAACGCCUUCAUCUUCCACCUGCUGUACAAGAGAGGGGCUGGGGGUGCACGGCGGCCCCCAGGGCCAGCCCCUCCCCCAGCUCCCAGCCUUGCCUCCCAGGGGCCAGAACCCAGCCCAGCUCGUGCCCACCGGAAGGAGAAACGGCAGAAUCGUGGCGGCCGCCGGCGCAAAUAAUAAACCUGCC